AUGAGUGCCGUGGAUUUGGACCAAAAGCCGAAGUUUGAUAGUGAAUCGACGAGCAAAAAGCUUAAAAAGAAAAACGUGAAAACUAAGCCAGAAUUGCCGAAAGCAGAAAACAAGACGAAAGUUAAGUCGAUUUCGAAUGGUUUAUCGGAUAAAUCAAAGAUGAAGACUAAGAAAAAGAAGAAGCUAGCGAAACCAGCCUUGGAAAUGGAUCAAGUUCCCGGCACAAAGCACAAGGUGAAAGCUGAGGCCGACGCUUCAUCAAAAGAAACAAAACCUAAACGUGUUAAGAAGAGAAAGCUGGACGCCAAGAGCGAAGUGAAAGAGAAACAGCCAGAAGAGGAUAGUUUCAUCAUGAUCAACAAGAAACCAAGACUUUUGGAAAAAGCUGUUAAAUCAGAAAAAGCAGAUGUGAAACCGAAAAAGAAACAACUUCAGCAAAAAGCUCUUAAAUCGGAAGAACAAGAGGCUGUGAAGCCGAAAAAGCAAAAACUUCAACAAAAAGCCGAUCAAGAAAAAUCAGAAUCAAAGCCGAAAAAGAAACAACUUCAAGAAAAAGAUGAUCAGGAAAAAACGGAGGUGGAGCCAAAGGAGGAGCGUCAAAAGUUUUCCUACACAAACAUUUUGAAGAAGUUGAGUACAGUGACAGGAGAAGAAGAGGCUGUUUCCCUGAUCAAGCAAGAUAUCGAGAAGGGAGAACUUGGACUAAAGGAUAUCGGAAAUGUGAUACGCAAAUGGCGGCAAGCUAAACAACGAAAGGAUCUCCCUAGACCCGAUCUCAAAGAGCUUUUCGCGUAUGAGGGAACACUGUCCGAUUUGAAAGAAUUAGUUACAGGCUUUGUGAACAAUGGUUUAUUGCAUCCAAUGGCAGCUGGACGAAUCGUUAGCAAAUGGAAAAUGCGAGAGGGUCGCCGAGUGAGGAGACAGAUUCAAAAGAAAAACACCCGUGUUUGUUUGCGAUGUCGUGAGUCCGGUCACAAGAUCAAUGAAUGCCCAAAGAUGACCAAUCAAGAAGGCGUCGAUAUUUGCUUCAAAUGCGGUUCAACAGAGCACGCUAUUUACAAAUGCCCAAGGAAAGACAAAGUGCAAGGUUUUCCAUAUGCCACUUGUUUCAUCUGUAAAGAACAAGGACAUUUAUCCAAGGAUUGUGAUAAAAAUGAGAAAGGAAUCUAUCCGGAUGGUGGCUGUUGUAACAUUUGUUUUUCGAAAUUUCAUUUGAUCAGAGAUUGUCCGCAGAGGUUGAGCUCAUCGGGUGCAACGGUUGGCGAGGAUAUGGAGAAAGCUAUUCGCAAGCCGAUCAACCGCUCUGUUGAUGAGGACAACUUUGAGUUUGAAACUGACAAAAAAGAUGCUGAAGAAGUGGCUGAGCAUCAAACAUUCCCGAAGAAAUCGAUAAAGAAAGGGAAUAUGAAGAAAAUGCCCUCGUUACCGCGCGUGGAUCGAAUAAAAACAAUCUAUUCGGCCAGAAAGGCGCUCAACUAUGGCUUUCGAUUCACGGAUUUUGUGAAACAACCGGCUUUCAAUGGCGUUUCGAGAUUUAUUCCACAGAUGCACCGCAUCACUUUCAGAUUUUGUAAACAAAGCGAAGACAGUGUUGGGAUGAGGAAUUUCAUCGAGAGUCGACUCGUUUCGCUAGCCCAAGAGCAUCCAUAUCUUGUGAUCUACGCUCAACCGAUACGAAACACAACGCCAACAAUACGAGCUGAAUAUGGAAAUGGUCGAAUAGUACACUUGUCGUCCAGCGGUUUACCCUUGGAGCAAAUUGAAAAAGAUGUCCAGUUAAUGAUUUCUCGAUCUGGGUUGCCGGUUGUGAAAUUUGAGGGUCGACAAACCGCGAGUGUGCCCUCGAUUCAGGGAGAAUGGACUCCAUUCACAUGGCAGCCUGCUCGUAUGACAAAUGCCGAGCUGAUGGAUGAGGAAUUCUCGAAGCACAAAAGCGUUAAACAAACUGUCUCCGAUUUUGUGCUUGAACAUGGACGUCAUUUUCAAAAA